UCCGCCUCAGCUGAAAGCUCCUAAGAUUGAGCCAGUCCAAUGGAACAUGUACUCCGUCACCUGGGAGACCCUACAGCCAAUGAAAGGAGACCCUAUAUCGUACACACUACAGCUGAUGCGAGGGAAGGAGGUGGAGCAGCUCUACCGUGGCGCUGCCACCUCUUACACCUGGCAGGGAGUGCCUGCGGGCGCUGACUGGCGCAUGCGCGUGUGUGGCGGGCGGCGCAGGCCAGAGGGCGGUGAGCUGUGGGGGCCGUACAGCCCAGGCACAGCCCUGCCCCCUCCCACCGAUGCCCACCGGGAUGCCAAAGCAGUGGCCACUGCCAGUAACAGCACCAGUAGCAGUGGGGGGCAGUGCCACAGGAGAUGGCACCUCUCAGACGAGCACUUUGCCCUGCUGGUCCUGGUAGCGUUUGGCGUCGUGGCAAUCCUGUUUGCCGUGCUCAUUCAGUAUCUGUUCUUGAGUAAGGACUGAGAAA